UUAAUUUAAGCUCACAGAUGGAUUUGGUAUAAGACACCAUUCUAGAUGGUUGACUUUUACAGAUCAGGUACUGUUUCCCUAGCCUUAUAAUGAAAUGUUUAAGAAAUGGCCAAAUUUUUGUUUUUAGGUUAACUCAUCCAUCAUUAAACUACAGCUUUGGGUGAAGUCAGACACUUGGAAGUCCUUUAAUGCAAAUGUCUCCAUAUCUUCCAUCAGCUGGGAAGGUGAUGGGAAGAAUGUCUUCCUACAGAGAAGACAAACAACAUCUGCUUGAUUGGCAAACACUUUUGCAAUAAGGAUCAACACACAGACACUCUUGGUUAAUUCCCUUCUCAGUCCAGUUGGAUUGCCUGCCAGGCUACUGGCUGGAUGCUGCUGAGAUGAAAGAUUCCAGUGGACAGGGUCAUCAUUUGAGUCAGGGACUAAGGUGUUCAUUACACAAGUGCAGCUGCUUCUUCCUAGCUUAGUAAGCUCCCUGAUGUAGCCAUUCUCUCUUUUCCUGCCUUUAAUUAUAGAUGAGUUCUAGCUUUUACUGAAACAGAGAUAAAUAAUUAUGCAACAGGUGGAGAAGGAAAGAUAUGGGGGCAGUAGAAUUAAAAAACAUAAACAGAAAAUGAUUCAGAGAUAUUUCUAGAUGGUGAAAAAAAUAUCUAAAAACAAUGUAGCUUGAUCAUUCUCCAGAACUUUCCUUUGCACUUACUAGCUAUGGGAUCUUAGGCAGGCAGUGAAGAAUGGCUCUGUGUCUGGCACAUGGAAGAUGUGCAAUAAAUUGGACCCUUCCUACAUAUUCUCAUGUUGGUUACAGAUAACAGAGUAGCAUGCUUUCAUACUCACUGCAAAAAAAAUCCUAUGAAAGACAGCUCUGUGUAUGUGCAUGCACGUUUGUGCACAUGCUUGUAUGUGCAUGCAUUUAAAUGGUGUUAUAUUAAGGUCUUCACAGAUCCAACCUCAAAGGUGGUUAGAAAUGGACCAGCUGUCAUUAUAUAUGCUUAGCAUUUUUCUUUCUAGAGCUGUGGCAAAGUCUGAAAAUGAGGGUAAGGAAACCUACAGAAGAAAUGAAUUAAAAUAAUACCUAUCAAAAAUAUUCUUUAUAUCUUUGAUAAUAGAUAAUUUUGGACUGAUUUACUGAACGUUUAGUAGAGAAAGAAAGGGACAACUAAACAAAUAUGAAGGCAAAGUUCAAUCUAGCAGUGGCACCAGUACUGGCUUUUCAUAUCUAAACUUUGAUUCUGCAUGAGGUGGCUGAGUGACACAAAGGGGCUGGGAAUUUGAAGACCUGUGCCCUGCUGUGAGUUCCAAUUUUGUAAACCAUGAUCAGAAAAAUAAAAUCAAGUCCUGGCCAUGGACCCAGUGUCUCACUCUACCUAUCUCCAAUGCUGCACCCUGCUUUCUGCUUUUAUGGCUUCUCCAGUUUCUUAAACUGGCUCUCCAUCAAACUGAGAAGUACUCAGUGAAGUAUUUCCUGUCUACUCACCUCCGUUGACUUGCAAAGUUCCUGACUACUCUUCCAAUAUCUUACCUCCCACCUAAUCCUCUUUCCUUAUUUUUCCCUGCUGUGUUUUGCUCUCAGCAAGCUUUCAGUGAAUCCCCACUAAGGUGAUAACUGAUAACCACAAGUGUUAACUGAAGUGUGAAUUCCCCUAGGAUUAUUUAAACCUUGAAAGCAGGCUGUUUGAGGACCCAAAUGUUGAUGUAUAGAGAAACUGACAGAAAGCUUUCCCUGUGAUUAAUAACAUCACAACGUCACACCUAUUACACUUUGACUCUCACUACCAAGGUGCCUAGUGACUUAACCUAGAAGAUGACAGUGGCUUAAAAAGAGAAGCUUAAGGAGCUGUAGAAGCAUGAGCAUGACUGAACCACACCAGGCCAACAAAAACACACUGUAGACAGGUGCACUCUGCCUCUUUCCACUUUAGAAUUUUAAACUUGCAGUUUGCUGGUGAAUCCUACUCUAUCAUCAGACAUGGAGUUUAAGACCCUAUCAAAGCCUUUUCUCCCAAGAUGCAUUCAACUGUCAUUAUUUGUUUUUCAACAAAUUUCACAACUUGGUGAAGUCCCUGUGGAGAUGCAGUAUGGGAAGCUGCCAGUGAAAGUCAGAUGUGAAAACAAGCUAUGAAUAUUAGAGAGUCAGCCACAAAAUAGAUGUACUGGGGGGGGGGGCGGGGAAGGGAUGUGGUAUUAACAUAUGUGCUUCCAAAAAUCUAAAGGUGACCAUGUUGGGCUUAGAUGGUCGCAAUUACUGAGCUAAAAUGUAUGGCAGAUGCUGAAGGGGAUGAGUGUUUGAGGAUCAUUCCUCAGCAAAUAUUUUCUAGCUAAUAGCGACUUUUUUAAAGGUAAGUUACAAAGGUUUGAAGGUCAUUUUUACUUUUAAAAUUAUUGACUUCUGCCGCAUUUCAGUUUCUCAUAAGAAGCAAUUUCUGUGCUUCCCCUAUUAGAUUUCAAUUUAGAAAUAAUGAGGUUAUAAACCAUAAUGAGAUAUUAAGAAGAAAGUAUUCCAAAUUCUGAGGUAGAGAGCUAAGGGUGAGAGUGUGGGAGGUGAAAGGACCAGGGGGUCAGAAAACGGUGAUAGUGGAGGAUGGACCACCACUACUACUGUCUUAAUAAAUGUAGUAAACAAGAAUUUAAAUAUGGCAACUUCAAGGCCACGACCCUCUGUGGAUAGGCUAAAAUAAAUAUCUUUGAAGAAUUAGCAUACAUCUACAUUCUUAGAGUUUUCUGACAUUUGUUUGUGUCAAUCAGGGCUCCCAUGAAUUGCAAUAGUAAGUUCUGUGCUUUUUCUCCAUUCAUCACAGUAGAAAUGGGGGCAAUUGAGGAAAGUAUCUUUUUUUCUAAGUUAAAAAUAGUAAUUUCUUUCCUAUGCAAAUAUUACAUGCAUAUUUCCUACCAUACGUAUUAUAUGUUCAUUUGGAAAUAUUACAUUAAAAAUAGAAAUUAAUAUUAAUCAUUGUACAGUAAAUACUGUAUCACUGUAUCAAUCUAGUCUAAAUUUCUAGUAGCCUCCAAACACUAAAGUGUACUGCUACUAUUCAAAUAUCUUCUUAAGUUUUGGAGGCUACUAGAAAUUUUCAAAGGUCAUAACUUUGGGAGAUGUAGUUUUGGCUGAAAUCUUUAAUAAUUCAAAUAGUGAUACAGAACAUUAUCGCAGUCUAUUGGCUUGCAGACAUUUGUUGAUUUACGUGAAAUAUUCACGUCCCCUAAAUCCUCUAAAUAUGAGAGGUUCUCUGUAUCAGAUUCUCUCUACAGGGGGCUAAACACUGAUUUCCUCCCAGUUUAUUUAGAGCACGUCGAAAAGACAUGGAAAGCCAAUAUUUUGUCAUAAAUGAACAAUGGAAUACAGAACUGGUGUUCGGGCUUCCAAACUCUCUUCUGGUUUUGCAGGAAGGAGACAGUAGGCUUUAAAAGUUUCUGAUUGUAAAGUGCAGUUGCCAGGGAGUUUUUAUAAAGGGAAAAAUACAGAUAGAGUAUGUGGGAGAUACAGGUGUUCUUCAACGCCUUACCUGGUGAUGCUUCUCUCUUUAAAAAAUGAAAGAAAGAAAGAAAGAAAAAACAAAACAAGAAACUGCCACCUUUAACACGAAACUUCGCUUUCGGUAAUAAUCCGGAAUUUCACACAAACUUUAAAUUUUCUGAAAUUAAAGAGUUCUCCCCAGACCUCCUGGGUAUCCGGCGUUGCUGGAGGGCGGAGCUGGGUGCAGAAGGCCAUCAGGGCUGGAAGCUCGGGGAUUCGAGUCUGUGGACCCAGGAAGUUUUCCUCAGCUCUCCUUCCUCUUUCUCGCGCCGGCCUGUGCACCCGAGACUGUAGCAGAGCCGCCGCAAGAGGUGGCGCGCCGUGUUCCUCCCGGGCGCGGGGUGGGCGGGCGGCUCCCACGCGAGCCCCUCUCAGGAGGGGGAGGGGUGUAGAACGGGUCCAGAUUCUCAGGCGCGCAGCCACCUCAUCCUCAGGUUCCAGCCGAGCGUCCUGCCGCGGAUCCCGCGCGAGGAAGAUGCUGCGGGUCCCAGCAGUGCUGUGCGUGUGCGCCGCCGCCUGGUGCAGUCAGGCUCUGGCCGCCGCGGGGAUCGCGGGCGGGGGGCGCUCGGACGGCGGCAAUUUCCUGGAUGACCAGCAGUGGCUCAGCACGGUCUCGCAGUACGACAAGGAAGCCGGGCGCUGGAACAAAUUCCGAGACGAUGAUUAUUUCCGUACUUGGAGUCCAGGAAAACCCUUCAAUCAGGAUCCAGCUAAAGAUCCAUGCUUAAAGAUGAAAUGUAGUCAUCAUAAAGUAUGCAUUGCUCAAGAUUCUCAGACAGCAGUCUGCAUUAGUCACCGGAGGCUUACACACAGGAUGAAAGAAGCAGGAGUAGGCCAUAGGCAGUGGAGGGGUUCCAUAUCAUCCACCUGCAAGCAGUGCCCACUGGGCUAUUCCAGCCCUGUUUGUGGUUCAGAUGGUCAUACCUACUCUUUUCAGUGCAAACUAGAGUAUCAGGCAUGUGUCUCAGGAAAACAGAUCUCGGUCAAAUGUGAAGGACGUUGCCCAUGUCCUUCAGUUAAGCCCACCAGUACAAGCAGAAAUGCUAAGAGACAAUGCAGUGACCUGGAGUUCAGGGAAGUGGCAAACCGAUUGCGGGACUGGUUCAAGGCCCUUCAUGAAAGUGGGAGUCAGAACAAGAAGACAAAAACCUUGCUGAGGCCUGAGAGAAGCAGAUUUGAUACCAGUAUCUUGCCAAUUUGCAAGGACUCACUUGGCUGGAUGUUUAACAGACUUGAUACAAACUAUGACCUGCUAUUGGACCAGUCAGAGCUCAGAAGCAUUUACCUUGAUAAGAAUGAACAGUGUACCAAGGCAUUCUUCAACUCUUGUGACACAUACAAGGACAGUUUAAUAUCUAACAAUGAAUGGUGCUACUGCUUCCAGAGACAGCAAGACCCACCUUGCCAGACAGAGCUCAGCAAUAUUCAGAAGCGGCAAGGGGUAAAGAAGCUCCUAGGACAGUAUAUCCCCCUGUGUGAUGAAGACGGUUAUUACAAGCCAACGCAAUGUCAUGGCAGUGUCGGGCAGUGCUGGUGUGUUGACAGAUAUGGAAAUGAAGUCAUGGGAUCCAGAAUAAAUGGUGUUGCAGAUUGUGCAAUAGAUUUUGAGAUCUCUGGAGAUUUUGCUAGCGGAGAUUUUCAUGAAUGGACUGAUGAUGAGGAUGUUGAAGAUGAUAUUAUGAAUGAUGAAGAUGAAAUUGAAGAUGAUGAUGAAGAUGAAGGGGAUGAUGAUGAUGGUGGUGAUGACCAUGAUGGAUACAUUUGAUUGAUGAGAGCUGAAAUCCAUAAAUUCUACAUUUCUAAUAUUUACAGAUUGACACCCUAUUUAAAAUUAUCUUCUUGCCCAAUAACAAAAUGAUUCUAAACCUCACAUAUAUUUUGUAUAAUUAUUUGAAAAAUUACAGCUAAAGUUGUAUAACUUUAUGUUUAAAUAAUAACCAUUUGCUUUGAGUUUUCAUAUUCCUUAUAUAAAAAGAAAAUACAUAUGCAGUCUAGCCAGACAAAAUAAAGUUUUGAAGUUAUUACCAUAAAUUUUUCGUGAGACCAAACUGUGUAAAUCUUCCAUAAGCAAAAUGACAACCAGUGCUUGGUAUCAUAGUGUUCAUUUUUUGAAAGAUAAUUCUAAGAGAAAUUAGAAACAAAUAACUUACUAAUGACCCGAGUCCUGAGGAUUUAAGAAAAAUAUGCAUGACCUUCAUUACAAUUCCAAAGCAGCAUCUUGCUAGACCUAGAUGAGUCAAGAUAACAGAGAGAUACCACAUGGCAAGAAAAACAAAGUGACAAUUGUAGAGUUCUCCAUUGUGUUUAAAUAGUGGUGUUUUUAACUGGUAUUGUUCUGGAUCUAACAGGACAUUUUACAAAAUGGCAAGUAUGGAAAAACCAUGGAUUCUGAAAGUUAAAAAAUUUAAUUGAUCUUUCCAAUGUGUAUUUUAAUUUGGAUGGCAGUCUCAUGCAGAUUUUUAAAAAUAUUCUUUAAAACAUGAAUUUCUUGCCUUUCUAGAUUUCAUUAUCUUUCUGGUCAGCAACUUAGGGUGCAGAAUUUAAAUUAGGAAGACAAAGGGAAAGAUUGAUUUAAAGCAUAUUUUUACAAAGUUUGUUAUUUGCCCCAAGGUCAAAUUUUAAAUUCUUAAUUUUCAUUUUAUUUCCCAAUUUAGAUAAAAAUUUGCAUUUAAUCUUAGAAUUAUGUAUUUUUUGUUAUUAAUGCCUAAACUUAGAGAACGUAUUGUAUGGUGCCUUGCAAAAAUAGAAAUAGAAAGAUUUUAGCAUGCAUACCAAUAUAGUAUAUUAGGCAAUAUAUAAGCACACCUAAUUAACAGAUUAAUAUCAGUAAAGGUACUGCUGCUGGAAUGAAGAAGAAUGGGACAUGUUUCUUUCUUUUUUUCUAUUGUUACAUAAUUGCCAUGUGAACUUGUUUAUGAUUAUUGUGUAAAGUAGCAUUUAACUGUAGCAAAAAUUACUUUAACCACUGUAUUUAAGUUAGCAUGUUAAUUAAUUGUGCAGACAUUUGGCACAGAAUCACUCUUAAGUAUAUCAGACCAAUGGUUUUGUGCCCAUAAUAAAAAAUGGAAAGACCUAUUGAAUGUUGCAUAUUGGUAUCAUCAAUUUCAACAGUGGAUAAACUGGUUUCCCAGUAUAAAAUUCAUUGAAAGCAAAAUUGAUGAAUUAUUUCCAUUUAAUUUAUACGCAAUACAAAAUUUAAUGUUGACUUUAUGUAAUAUUUAAAGUAUAAUGCAUUUUCUUUUUUUAACUGUUUAUGUACAGUUUACAAAAUAAAGAAUCUUGUAACCAAAUUAAACUGUUCUUCAAUGGUUUUUCCGGAGUACAACAUGGUAGCAUGAAGGCUUCUUAAGCUAUUCCUUGAUUUUUAAAAUGAAUGCAUUGCAAACUAGCUAGGGGAGCUUCCUGAAUUUUAGAAUUUCAAAAUUAGGGUUCUUGGAAUCUUGAAUAUUAUUGUUCAAUGUAUGCUAAAAUGUAUUUUUCUUGGUGGUGGUUUGUUUUAAUUUGUUUCAUUUGUCAUAAUAUUGUAAAAUGGAUCAUAUUUUUGUCAAGGCUGUAUUUUAAAACCCAUUUUCAUGGAGUCAUACUUAACAUAUUUGGCUAAAUUUAUAUAGCAACAGGAUUUUGAAGAGUUGUCAGAUAGCCUUGUCUAUUUAACAAAUGUAUAUAAAUAUAACUGAUUGGUUGGGAAGAGACAAAAUCAAAUUCUAUACAGAUGUUUAGCAAAUGAAUUUAAAAUAACAAAUAUAGCAAUGUUGAAGUUAAGCUAUUUUUUAAAGACGUGUCUCUGAGACUCCGAAAAAGCAACUAACUCAACAGCAGAUAGAAAAUGAAAAAUAUUACACUAUAAAACUUUAUGUAAAUUAUUUGUAUACAGUAUAUAUUUUUAUGUGUGCAUUUUAAAAUUCUAUUUGUAGUGUAUAUUAGGUCUUUUCAUUAUCAUGUAAUUCAUUUUAAAUAUUUUGGCACAAUACAAUUAUAUCUUUAUGUUUAUCCCCCAAAACUUAAAUACUAGAUAGCUACUGUAAAGCAGACAGUAUUCUAGACCCUAGAGAUUCAUUAAUUAACAAAAUAACUAUGAAGAGUAAAGACACAAUACAUUUAAUUCCUAGCCCUUAAUAAAACAGUUCUAAUCUUCAUUGGAAUAAAUCAAAGGUGGAUAUUUACUAGACUUAAUUUGAAUAAAGAAUGAGGUAUUUUGAACCCCCAAUAAGAGUCCUUGAUACAAACCCGAAAUCUUAACAUUUUAAUUAAAAAGAAACCAAGUACCUCAACAGUUAGUUCUUUCUUAAAUUGAAAUCUGAUUCAUAGGUAUAAAAUCAUACUAUAGAGUCUAUAAUAAUGUCUUAUCUUUCUCAUCUGUGUUAUUUAGGAAAUACACAUGAAACUCAAAAAUUACAAGACAUUCUGAAUCACAGCAAACUGAAAAUUUAAACAUUAGAGAAAAUGAGAAGAAGAAACAUUCAAAUAAAAUAGCACGGGUUCCUUAUAUGCCAAAAUCUAGUAAAGAAACUAAUGAUGCUUUAUUGCUGUACGUAUUCAGGAUGGUAAUGCUCCCUAAUACUAUUGGGGGAAGAAAGCUAAGUUUAUAAUAAACAUAAAACAUUUCAAUAUUGAUCAAAAUGAUAUGUGGCCUAAUUGAAACUCUGUAUUUCUGUCAAUAGAAAAAAAUCCAUCAAACCAAAAUAUCAAAAUUAUGAGGAAAAUUUUGUAAUUAAUAAAACAGCUGCUAAAAGUACCUUAUUCUGUGUAUACAUUUUACAGUAUUUUUAUUUUAUAUGAAACUAAAGAUUUGAAAAUUGUCCCAUAAGCACUGAUCCUUAUAGGCUGGUAAUAGCUUAUUUAGAGCAGAUUUACAGAAUUGCAUGAAUAAAUACACAUUUUAUAACAAACAUUUUGAUGAUCUGUUUUAUAUAAAAUUGAUGAAGACUUAGCUGUAUGCAACAGAAUAUGAAGGGCUCAUACACAGUUGAUCUUAGAGAUUCCUAAUAGCUGGCGGGAAAGUGGAGAAAUAUGAAGGGCUUCAUACACAGUCUAUUUUAGAGAUUUCUGAUAGCUUGGGGGAAAGUGGAGAAUGAGCCAAACCAAACACAGUCAUUAUCAGUAAUGUGCUGGCUCUACCUGAUACAAGUGUGCACAUAUGCACACACAAACGUGUGCAUGCAUGAUUCACCCAGAGUUUUCUUUGUAUUUAAAAAAUUCAGUACAUUGCUUCACAUUUAUUUUUCUUAUCUUUUGUUCAUAAUGAACAAAAUGUGCUAGACCAUAUCAUACAUUGUUCAGAUGAAAUAAGAAUAUUUUAAAAUCUAGAAUAUUUAAAGUGGCAUGAAGAUGUAAAUAAAUGAUCAUAUUAGCUUCUUGAAGCUUAUUCUAUUUGACAUUGUUUUAAACAUAAUAGCUGAUAUUAAGGUUAAUAUAAUGGAGACAUUUUUAUUAUUUCUAGUACACAUUUUUAUAGAAAAUAAUAUCAACUGUUUAAUUCUGUGUUUUAAAAAUAUUUCAUGAAUUAUAACUUGGCUUCAUGAAACUUUUAUUAGUGAUUAAGUCAAUAAACAAGUCAAAGAGAACAUCUUAAGCUUUCACUGUAUACGAUAUAUACAUUAUCUCUCUUGGGGCCAGACAAAUUGAAAUAGUCCUUUUGAAUAGUAAUUAUUUUCUCUCCUCAACCGCAUAUGAAUGUCUGCUUCAUUGUUCUACUUAAUAUCUCUACCUAAUUUCCCAAUUUCUCAGUUAAAAGCUUAGUAAGUAAAAUUAAGAUAAAUGAAUAUAUGGUCCAACUUGAUUUAAAAAGACAUAGUAAACCAUUGUAGGUGAAAAGAUAUUUUUAAAUCGCAAAAAUCAAUAAACACCAUCACAUCCAUAUUCAACUCUUUCAAAGACAUCCUUGGGGAAUACAUUUUUAAUAUACUUUAGUGAUCAUGCAUCUCAUUCAUCCUUAAGAAUGCAAAUAUAUAUAUUCCUAGGUUUGGAGUCUACAUGUCAUCUUUCUCACCUUCAACGUAGCUUAGUGUAUUUAUCCUGGAGAAUUUAUAUGACGGUUACAUGCACACAAAUUUAAAGCAGAAGCACUGUGUUUAUCCUGUAGUAGGUGUGCACUAAAUGCUAAUUUUUUUCAAAACUUUAAAAUAGGUUAACAACAGCAGUAUUACUGAAGUUUUCAAGAUAUGCUGUCAGAAUUAUCUUCUCUUUUUACAGCUUUAUUCACAGUAAUUCAAACAAAUGAUCUAGUUGAUAGUACCCUCAUAUACCAAGUAAACAUAAUAAAUAGCGCUCACAUCGUAGAGUCAGUGUGAAGAUGAAAUGAGUUAACACAUGGUGUCUGGAACAUAGUAAAUACCAAAUAAAUGUAAUUAUUUUUGUUACUUAAAGAAGCUUAUAAACCAUAGCAAAAGUCAUAUGAAGAAAUGAAAAAUUGAACUCCAAACCCAAGCAUCUUAACUAAUUGGCUUCUCUAAGUAAAUUACUCAUUUUUGAAUAGGUACAUUUCAAGAGAAACAUGUACUAGGGUUUGUGUCAGUUUAGUGUAUGUACCAUACAUGAAAUGUCAUAAGCAUUCAAUUCAUGCAAUAAGCUAAGAGGUGGCAUUAGUUUUUCUUAUAUUAAAGAUGAAGUAUCUUAGAAAUCAUGAAUACUCACCAUUCCCGUUUCUUCUCUCCUUUAUGGACAUAUGUAAUAUCUUCAUUUUUCCUUCACAGUCAGAUUGAGGCCCUGCAACUAGUUGAGGCCAACUGACUGUGAGUUGAAGUAGCCUGUAUGGAGCUUGACACUGUCACCCCCAUCCGUGUACGGGCAGUUGGGAUGGAACCAUGACAAUGCUCUAUCUUUACCCAGGCCUCCUUGUUCCACAGGUUAUUUAGCCAUGUCAUGCUACUUCCACAUUUAAAUUUGCAACCACUAGCCGAAACGUCUUCUUAAACAACAUACAACACGUUUUGAAGCCAUCUGAAUUCCUUGUUAAGUGAAGAGAACAUAAACAAAUUAAUUCAGCUGUUGAAUGAAAUGUAUUUGUGUAGCAGUACAGGAAAUGCAGUGCCUGGCAGUAAAUCUCUGAGCUCCAUCUGAUACUGCCUUGUGAUGUUGGGCCAGUAAUGAACUUUUCUGUCACUGAUUUUCUUCACUUAUAAAGUAAUAGUAGUGUUUGGAUUUCUUAAGGCUAUAGUAGCACCUUAGUGGAAAUUCUAGUAAAAUACCUAGCUCAAAAAAAAUUAGUUAUAAUAAAAAAAGAUAGUAAACAUAGUGGUAAAAGCUGUGGGCAGUACAGUCUACCAGUCUUGAAUCCUGGCUCUGGCUCUCAUGGACCAUGAGACUUUAGGCAAGUUACUUGACAUCUUCAUGGCUUCGUUUUUUCAUCAGUAAAAUAGGCAUGAUAUUAACUAUCACCUUAGAGCAUUGUGACAGAGGAUUACAAACUUUAAUACUUAUAAAAGCACUUUUUUUUAAUACUUAUAUAAAAAAAAAAGUGCCUAGCCUCAUAGUCAGCACUGAAUAGUAGUUAUUAUUAAGAAGAGGAAAAUGAAGAACAGCACAAUCAAUAAAUCAUCCACUAUUUAUAGAUCCAUCUUAUUUUUAAAAUGGGAAUAUAGAAAUUGUUAUUCCUGUUUUCUGUUAGAAAACAUCCAGUCCAGGCUGGGCGCAGUGGCUCACGCCUGUAAUCCCAGCACUUUGGGAGGCCGAGGCAGGUGGAUCACGAGGUCAAGACAUCGAGACCAUCCUGGUCAACAUGGUGAAACCCUGUCUCUACUAAAAAUACAAAAAGUUAGCUGGGCAUGGUGGUGCAAGCCUGUAAUCCCAGCUACGCGGGAGGCUGAGGCAGGAGAAUUGCCUGAACCCAGGAGGUGGAGGUUGCGGUGAGCCUAGAUUGCACCAUUUCACUACAGCCUGUGUCACAAGAGCGAAACUCCAUCUCAAAAAAAAAGAAAGAAAGAAAACAUCCAGUCCAGAGAAGUAAAGUGGUCUCUAAAGUUCACCAGGGACAUCAAUAUAGAAACUAAACCACAAACUUAAGGAACAUCAACUCAAUACAGUCCAAUAUCAACUUUCUCUUGAGCUCUCAUAAAUAUUCUCUCUUACAAUGUAAUUCCUGUUUAAGGGCGAACCUUUUCAAAACAUUGAUUAGCCACAAUUUCUUAUCAAAAAGAGUGGUUAUUUAUAGAAAAUUCUUAAUGUAGUUUCACUGUAAUACUAAUAUUUAAUGUGUCCUUUUAAUUGGUAUAUUAAAUAGUGCUAAGUUUCAAUAUUCUUUUUAGCCCCGUGGGGUAAGUUGUUGAAGUGCCAAAGUUGAAAUAAAAACAAUAAUUAGAGAUUAUAAAUCUGUUUUAGAGCUUACCAGAGGUUGCACCAAAGUGUAAUUUAGAGCUGACUAGAUUUAAAAGAAAAAGCAAAAAAUUUUAAAAAGCAGUGUUAUAAUUUAAAAACAAUUUAUUAUGUUUAGGGGGAUAAAAAAAUAGAGGUGGAACUAUGAGACAUAUGGAAGAAACAAUUUGACGUUCUCAAAUAGCUUCUAAAGAGUGUAAAUAAAUAUGUGACAAAUCAUGUCACAUUUAUAUAAAAUGUGAGAACUCUUAUUUUCUCAUAUAAGUGAAUAUUAGUAUGAUAAUAGACCAUUAUUGGUAAACUACUUCUCAGUCUGUUUUAGCCAGGUACAAUAUUUCUUGCUAUGAAAUGUAAAUAUUUAAACAUUUUUCUCUUUUAGGAUAAUGUGUUUCAGGUGCUCAUCAUUUUCUUACCAAACAACUUUUUCAAAACGAAUUUGCUCAUCUGGAGAGAAACACAUAAAAUAUAAAAGGAAAACGCCCUUUACUGUAAGACCUUUUUUUGGAAGAAUUACCCCCAAAAAAAAGCCUCUAAUUUAGACCUCGCUUUCUUCUCAUAAAAUUAAAUGAUAGCAAAAUAGGUUGUGUAUGUGUUAUAUUUGGCCAGAGAAAAAAUGAAUGAUUUUGUACAAUACUGGUUCAGUUGGUCAUGUGAAUCCCAGAUUAUUGGGACUCUUUAUUUGGUUUAUUAAUUCAAUGUGUAUUUGGUAUCAACCUCAUAAUUACAGGAGCAAUGUGUGACUAUGUCAAUCUCAGUUUAGUUUAUAAAAUUUGACAUAAUUUGAAUAAAUUUUUGUUUUCAUGUGA